AUGGCCACUCUGGGGGAGUCCAAUGAGGCAGCAGCAGAACUGCUGAGCCUUUCUUAUCAGCAAAUUGGCGACAACUGGGUGCGGGGGCAGCAGCUUGUGGGGGGGGGGCCCCCCUCGGGGGGCGGGAGGCCCCAAGAUAUUGACUUUAGGACUUUCCAGCAAAGGGACACUCAGGAGGGCACCGCGGCAGAGGAAGGGGAGGGUUUGCUUCGGGCGGAAGUGGGGCCCCCUGGGGGCCCCCCCAGGGCUCCAGAGGCUUUGGGCAGCAGCAGCAGCAGCAGCAGCAGCAGCAGCAGCAAGCGCCGCAGAGAGGAGGGGUCCACCGCUAUAGAAGAGGAGGGGGCAGGGGAGGCGGCAGGGGAAGUGUGGGGCCCGCGACGGGCGGGCCGUUGCUGCUGCAGCGCAGCAGCAGAAGCAGCAGCAGCAGCUCUCCAGGACCACGCAGCUGCGCAAGGAGCGCCUCGAGCUGCUGCAGGAGACCCAGGUGCGCAGAGCAGCAGCAGCAAUGAAGCACCAGCAGCAGCUCGUGCUGCAGCGCGAAAAAGCAAAACAAGAACAGAAAGAAAGGCAGCAGCAAGCAGUAGAAGCCCGCAAGGAGGCAGCAAGGCACUUUGA